AGUGAAAUUUUUCCCUCUUCAGCUUCCCUUCCAAUAGGUUGUACGUCCCUAUUAUUUAUUAAGUUGUACUAACUAGCCUGAUUCAGAUUUUUCACUUCUACAAAAAUGUCUGUCUCGCGGCAGAGGAAGCAGAUGCGAAUCCAAAUGAGCCUGGUUUUUGUGAGGCUGCUUCGGCUUCUGGGCAUCUCUUUCGAUGUUGACGUGACUGAGGCAGUGCGCAGUCCGAGUGUAGGCCCAAAUAAGGACCACGACAAUAACUCCGGGGAGAAAAAAGCUGCGGCGAGUUUUAAAGGUUUUUUUUUGAUUUCACAGUAGACUAUCGAUUCAUCGUCUUACUUUUUGUUCCGACAAACUUGCUCAGUGCCGACAUGUAUAAACCAGAUCUACUCGAUGUGCCAGGCAUUUGUCAACAUGCGUGUGUGUGUAUAAGCUCAAGCUCCGAUCUGUCGUGCAAAAUUGUCUAACAAAAUGCUAGUACGAAAAAAUAUAACAGCAUCGUCUCCCACCUCCUCCGGGGUAGAUCACGCCCAGGUAGACGCGGGAACCACUACUAGUCCUUUCGGUUCCUAUGACGAGGAGGACGAUAAAAAGUUUGCGAAUGGCCGCGAGGCUGCUCCGGCCUUGGAGGAUCUGUGGAUGCCGGCGGGGUUCUCCACGACGCGGCGGCAAUACAGUACAAAUUCUGCUAGCACAGGAGCUACGUCUUUCACAGAAAGCGCCGCGCCAGUUGCGCAGCAGGUCGUCGAGGAAGACGUAGUAGAAGUCCUUCCUGGCGUCGUAUCACAAGAAAAAAGUGUUACAGUUACACAUUUCUUGUAAGUCCAGCAACACAAAUUUUCUCUGUGUGGCAGAGAAAACUUGCAGUGCGGAUAUCCCUAGGGAAAACUACACUUACAGAAUGAAGUUCGUAAGCACUUCUUGCAUGACAAAGGUUGUCUGUCUUGCGGCUCCUGCAAGACAAUGUGUAACUGUAACAGCACUUUUUUCCUGUGAUAUGUCGUGAUAGACUACGAGGGAGCCCCGGCUGCUGUUCUCCGCCCAACAAGCACUGUAGAAGUCGAGAAAUGCGUGGGCUGUGGAGCAACUAGUACUGGAACUACACCAUCCGGCGCAGGAGCACCAAAACCUCGCGUGGCUGUACCAUCCGCUGUUGUGACGACGCCGCACGCUGUUGCGAGUGGAUCUCAAGGCCCGCAGCAGCAAGGACCACCUUUGAUGCCGAGAUCAGUGCCACAACAGCCGCAAGGACGUAUGGGGGCAGUGCCACCAGCCGGCGCGGGGAUGUUGACGUCUCCAGUUCAUUCCCUUUCCCGCCCACCCGACGUCGCGGGACUCCAUUCGACGUCUUCUGCGCCGCCCGGAGCUGCAAGUUCUGCGCUUGUAGUUCCGGUAGGUGGUAGCCUAGAUGCAGCUGCAGUAGCAUCAAGCGUUCCAACUACAUCUUCGAGUAGAUCGGAUGGAGGAAGCAGCACUACUGCAGCGGGACUGUCAAGCGUUUCGUCCUCUACUCCAUCAGGCCUUUCAAGUAGCGCGUCAGCGCCAUUUGUUCCGUCUGUUGCCAGCGUUGCGAGCGAAGAUUCGUCGACGUCGGGUCUGACGCUGGAGGAGCGGCUGGCAGAGGCGGACGAAAGGAUAGCAGAAGCGCUCGAGGAUUUGAAUCGUGCCCGGAAUUUUGAGCAGGUGAAGAAAGACGAGUACGAGCAUGCCAAAACCGCAAAGUAUGCACGCCAACAAGACGCAGGUGGUGCGUUGGGAGGCGACCCAAGCACUCUUCAAGCCCUCGAGACGAGAAUCGAAGAGGCGCAAGCAGAAGAGCAGCGCAAAAAGGAAGAGUAUGACCAAGCCGUGACACUAGAGCUGGAAGCAGCAAGGCAAUGGCGACUGGCAAAUGAGCACAAGGAGGACUUGCUCCGUCCACCGUCUCUUGCGGAUUUGGCGAAAGAACACGGCGAUAACAUUUUCAGCACGGAAGACGCAGAUGUACACCACUAGGUCGACGUGGGUACUUACGCUGCAUGCCGUUCUUUCUCCCAGUUUGGAGAUGGAGAUGAGCUGCUGUAUCGGACAGGGAGUUUUGUACGUAGCAGUCAUUUGAUUGUAUUUCAGCCAGUACUACUUAUGGUUACUCGAUCUCGAUGUUGAGGACACAAAAGCUUCAGCUCGUUUAAAAAGUCUUGUAUAUGCAGCCGAGCAUGAAGACAAAUGUUGGAAUAAAACUUUCGCACAACACAUCGCGUUCGCGUAGUUCUCUCUAGAUGUUGUUGGCAGUCGUGAAAACCACCACGACUGCGUCACAAGCGCAGAAACAAAUAAUUAACGGAAGACAGUUCGGUGUCAGAGAUUUUUGCAUAAGAAAGUUUUUACAGCCUUUACCUCUCAUCUCUCAGAGUUCGAGCUCAGCACUGUUCGCUUCAGGAACCAACCGUGAUAUUAAGUACGGCAUGAACCUGUUCUGCGCGCUUUUUCUUUUUGAGGAUAUAACAAACAUGUUGAACAACAACUACAU